UAUAUGCACAGACUCAACAUAUCUUUUGUCGAGAUUCGUGUUAUGUCCGCUGAGGGGCCACAGCACCAGGUGGUCUAUUUUUAGCUAUCGUCGAGGACCACGGUCAUAGGUCUCAAUCGAUGAGAUCUUUGACAGCUUUCAGGAAAUAGACGUUGAUGCAUCCGGGAAGGUUAGAGGGCUCGCCCAUGAUUCUCAGAUUACGUGGCAAACAGGUAAGCAAGCGCGAGCUUGAACGUUAUUUAGCAGGAGGUGAUAUCCAACAUACGUUCGUUGUUGUUUUCAAAACAGCUGACAUUGGUAUCACGUGGGUUGAUGGAGCCAAUGGUAGUGUCCUUUUUAGCGCAUUAUUUCUUUGCUACUCGCAUGAGGGAAAGCGAUUUUAGGUUGUGAUUGGCACGAUCGAACCCGGUUCCCCAGCAUUUGAUGAUGAUGAUGUUGUUGUUGGUCUUGCACUCGCAUCAGUAAAUGGAGCACUGCUUCCACCUGGCGGAGCACAUACAUUGAGGAAGGCAUGGCGCGCGCUUCUCCCAGAAGCACAUAUAACCCUGGAGUUCUCAUGCCGGCGAAGUUCUUAGUCUUACGUGACAUUGACAACCUUGAUAGGUUCUACGAACCAUUCAUUAUUGCACAUGAUUUUGCUUAUACAUUUGAUCUGGAAAUCGACACGUCGCGCAAGAAGCAUGCCCAUAAAAAAUCACCUGCAAGUGGUCCAGAAGCGACACUACAUGGACGAUGGUCAAGCCUCUGGUCCAAGCUUAAUGCAUGGAUCAACCUAUCAAGUCCGCGUUUUGGACAGAUAUCGGAAUCAUCUUCACAAAAACGACAGCUUAUUGUUGUGACUGUGCGUAUCCCGCGUUCUCAGACACCUUUUAGUUUUGCCAUCCAAAGUCCAGGCCAAACUGAACAUGCGGGCUUAUGCUUUUGCGUCAGAUGUUGUUGACGCACUUGGAGAUGCGCUAUUUGUUGCAGCCCCGCAGCAUUUUAAGCUGGAAUCUGCUGUAUCAGCCAACGAACUUAUAGGUUGACGCAUGGCUUCAAUCCUACAAGACGAGUAUAAUUUGAGUUGCGCAGGUACAUUGAGCAUCCGGAGCGAACGUUCACCUUUCCGACUUCUGAUGAUGGAUGGCCCCACGCGCACACUCACAGUCCACAUGUAAUGAAAUGAUUAAUUUGAGAGUAUAGGUGCAACACAUCGCUGCAUCGCCAUCUUGGCUUUGGCAACACGCCAUUCAAAGCUCAUAGCUACUCAAUAGAUAGCAAGGUGAAUGAACAAAACUGCAGGGGAAUCAAUUGCUUGUUAGGCGCGAAGCCUGCUUUCACUCCGGUUGGGCUUUCAGAGUAUGGCAUCCGUGUCAUCUUACCCUUUAUUACAAGGCAAAAACAAAAAUCUAGGCAGCGACCAGGUGCGCACCUUCACAUCAGAGCUACUCCAGGAAUUCGACGGAAAUGACAAUGCGUUAGUGGCCAAGUCAGUCCGUAAGCACAACAAGGCUGAUGUAGGUGGAUAGAAUUUGAUGAAUUCAGAAGAUUGUUUGUAACUCAUCUUGGUGACGAGGACGCUCUCAAUAAAUUACGAGAUCGUAUAAGGAUUCGAUUCAGGAGCAAAGCUGAGCUUAGAGCGCUGGCCGAAGAACGUGCAGUGCUGCAGCGUCGAGCAAAACUAAAACUGGAGCUUGAGGCUCGCCGUGAAAUCAAUCAUAUCAUCAGACGACGCCAAAGGAAGCGUAUGAAAGCGUGUUGCUACCGUGACUGUGACGGGAAUCUACGCCAGGUCAGAUACACAUCUAACUCAGCAUCUCAGGCGAAGGAAAGUCGUUGCACUGGUGGUAAGGCAGACUCACGACGGAUACGUCGCAGAGUAUUGCGCACGAGACAAAUGACAGAUAUGACGGUGGAAUGCGGAACAAAACACAGUCCAGGCAUACUCCAAGGAAAGAACUCAGAAAGUCCCCCAGCCGGCAAGUACUCGGAAAGCCCCCUGUCCGCAUUCCUUGAGAGACAGAGCUUACCACAUCCCUCGUUUUCUGGGCGAAGAUUUGUGCGUCAGUCACUUCAACCAGAUAUGCGCCUUAAUGUAAAACACCCUGUAUUCUGUGACCUCAUUUGGGCUCCAAUAUGCACACGAAGUCCUUUAAAUGCCACUGAGUUGCACUUUGUGAUAGUGAAUCUAAAACUACGAAAUCAAGUCUAUCAUCAGAAAGCAUGGCGUGCAUUCCAUUCCCCGCCAUUUUAUCGAGGCCGAGUUCGUCAGUGCCACCCUGCUUUUGCACAUAAGUAUGAUCGUUCUGAAAUUGUUCAUCCGGCGAUUUGGGGUAGUUUUGUGGCACAAAAAAGUGUCUUUAAUGAUUCUAUGAUGACUUGCCCAGCAUAUAUUGGGUAUGUUCUAAACUCACAGGAACAACUGCGAGUUUUGAAUAAAUCCCAAUCAUCAAUCCGAUUUCAACAUCAAGUUAAGGUUGAAUCCCCUUGUCAAAUUUGCCUCAGUGGUCAGCAUGGCUGUCCAUUUUGUUUCGAGCUUCCGGAGGGAUUGAAGCUCAACGACUACUCUUAUACGCCAGGCGAUGCCACGCACAAAUGCGCUGAGCAUGCUCUACGAAUGAUGCAUACCGACCUUACCACCCGAGCGGCCUUGGACCAUGAUAGACGCAUUCGACAUGAUAGUGCAGAGGUUCUCAUCAAAUCAGUACCUUGUGGCGCAAUAAUUAAAUUUGCCAUUCUCUGCGACUACACCGUAGCGCACCUGCAUCAUUUAUUUCGUUCUGCCUCAGUACAUGGCAUAGAUGAACUUACAUUCUUUUACAUCCCAACUGAAAAUGGACUUAUCGAAAUGGACAUCAAGGGGCCAACAACUACCUCUAUUGACCAAGGAUUUAAUUUUCCAGAUCAUGGUGCUAUCCCUGUCUUUCGCUAUGGGCUAAACAAAGCAGGUGCUUGCACAAUCAUUUUCCAUGGUUGCUAUGUGUCAACGUCCGCUGCAGUUGGUGUAUUUAUUCGCACUAAUAUGCUUCUGAAAAAAUUUCCUUCGGCAUCCAUUUUUUUACCACAUCUUGAUGCGAUCACAGCUUCGUUAUCCAGAGACUCUGUUCAAACCGGACUCCAGGAGACUUUUCUCGUAGCAUAAAUCAAUUUGCAAUCGGGACGCCAUAGGAUAGUGGAGACUAAGUUGGAGACUAGACUUAUACUACUGCAAGCUAGGUUGGCAUUUACCUGAGGGGUUAUUCCCCCUGGCGCCGCCCGGGGUUAAUAACCCGGGUAAUUGCGGCUUAGUGCGGGUUAUUUACCUCAAGAUCUUA